AAGGUUGCGCUGAGGAUGCAGAGACGGAUCACUGCUAAAAGGGAGCAGAUUGAUUUCCUGCAGGUCCAGAUUCAGCAGCUGGAGGAGAGUGUAGAAAAGCUCAAGCUGGACAAGCACCAGCAGGCAUUAGAGGUUCAGAGGCAGACACAAGAGUUGAUGUCAGAGAGUGAGAUCAGAAGAACACUGGAGGCUGAAGUGAAGGCAUCUUAUUCACAAGAACGAGAGCUGAAAAGCAGGGCAGAGAGACUGGAGGCAGCGUUAUACAAGAUGUCAGACAGUUUUGCUGAAUGCCAAGAUUUUAUUCAAGAGCAAGAACAGGAGAUCAUGAGGUUGAAACUGCAGCACGCUUUAGAUUUAAAGGAGCUGCAAAGCCAGAACCGUCGUAAUGUCUCCAGAUCUCCAGCCGGUCUCCAUCAGUGCCAUGUUAAUGGCCUAAUGGAAGCAAGAAUACCGUCCCGUUUCCACCCACACACUGAAUUGACAGGAUGUGCUGGAAUGGAUUUUCCUCUGGAAUCUCUCCAGCUCAGAGUCCAUGACCCCAUUGUGGAGCCGAAGAGUUUUGCAAGACAGCAGGGUGGUGGGGCUGAUGAAGAACACGGACCACACGCUGACAAUGGCUUGGGGAAAUCAGAGGAAGAACGCAAAUCUAACCCUGAGCCGAGCUCCCUCAGAAGCGCUAAACCUGAUCAGCAGAAUCCCAGCAGCAGUUUAUCAGAACACUUUAACGCAUUCGAUUUUGGAGUGGACGUGUUCUGUGGACGCAGGUCUCCUGUGCAUGCUCUCCUCACCUCUGAUCCUACCUGAUGAAGGAAUAGGCUGGACAAAGAGCUCCCCAAGCAAAUGGUUUUGUUUUUUAUUACAGAACAAUGUUGAUCUUAAUCUUGUUGACAUUUUGUUGUUCAUUAAAACAACACAUUUCAUGCUGGUUCUUUUUACAUAAAAAGGCUCAAGAAAGCCCUUGAAAUUCCCACCCCGAUGCUGAAUGUUUGUUUUCAAUGAAGAUUUUAUGAAUGAAUUAAAAAAUGGAAAAAGCGAACCAUGCUAAAUGUUGCACUAGUUGGGACUAUAAAAGCUGUUGGUGGACUAACAAAGAGAAUACAGGUGGCUUCUAUUAUUGUUGUUUAUUUAUUAAUGGGGAACGUCUUUUAAACUUUAAAAUAGUCAACUGUGGCUUUACACCCAGCAUGAUACAUUCAUGCGAGUAUUUAUUUCGAUUAUUUAAGGUGUUUACUGGCAGGCUCUGCUUUUAGAUGUUAAUAUGGAACCAGUAGAGUUUGAAUCUCUCAUCUUGUCUUUCAGUUCCUCUUCAGAAAACAGAACACUGAGAAACUGCAGGAGAACACACACAAAAUAAUGAUACAAACAAUCCUGUACAUCAUAACAGAUCAUAACGUCUAAAAAAAGAUAUACAGCCGGGAAAAAAUUAUGAGACUUCUAAAACAAUUUUUUGUUUUUCUAAAUUUACUUUUGCAAAUGAUUGUUUUUGUUUUAUUCUGUGAACUGCUAACACUAUUUCUCCCAAAUUUGAAAUAAAAAUAGUGUUUCUAUUUGCAUUUAUUAGCAGAAAAUGAAGACUGGAGAAACAGGUCAAAAUAACAUAAAAGAUGCUCUGUAUUUUUUCAAACCUCAAAUAGAAAACAAGUUCAGAUCGACUUUUAAGCAAUACAACAGUAAUAUUUCUACAUGUCUUUAAGAAAAGUAAAAAAUUUAUAUAUUUUAUGAUAUCCUGGAUGUUUAUGUCAGAUUACAUGUCUUGUCAUGCUGUCAGUCUUUCACAUUGCUGUUGGAUGACUUUGUCACUCCUGAGGUUUGAUUUUGUUGAAAUUCACACUGGACUGAAAUGACCACAAUACAUCUAGAAAUAUUGAUUAAAUAAACAUUUGGUCUCUUAAUUUUUUCUGCGGCUGUAUUUAAAUAUACAUCUAUUUUACUAUACAUAUUUAUGAAGGGUUACCC